CUCCCCCUCCCUUCUCCUCCUCCUCCCCCCACCCUUGCAGGAGGAGGGAGAGGCAGCGGUCGAACCGGCUCGACAGUCGUCUCAGCACAGUGCAGGGAGCGCCCCAUCAACCCGGGGAGACAAGGACACAGAGCCCGAGCAGAGGGGCGACAGCUCAGUCCCAGGCCGGUGCUGAGAACCUCCCCAGCCCCAGGCAUUGACUGAAAUGGACGUGGAGAAAAACACUUAUCUGGAUGGUGCAAAGUGCACCUUGAAGAUCUGAAAGGACGGGACUGCGAUCCAACUGCAGGAUGGUUACCUGGCUGAAUAUGCCUCCUGUGGAUUGCUAGCAGAAUAGCAGCUAGUGUUUACGGACGGAAGAAACUCUCACCCCAUGAGCUUUGGAUUUAUUACUGGCAUAGAACAACACUGAGGGUUUUUGGAGCUCGCCCUAGUGAGAAUCUGGUGAUGACAUCGUGUACAAUGCUUCUUUACUCAAGAUGGAGUUGCCCUGCAUCACUCUUGGGACGUGUAUCCACCAUUUGCUUAAACAUAGACUGCAGUGCUGCCCUCUGGAUAUUUAGCUUUGCCAUCAGGGUGAUGGUGUUGGAAGGCCAGAUCAAUUACCCUACUGUGAAUACGCACUAUGGAAAACUGCGGGGAAUUCGAAUUCCCUUGCCGAGUGAGAUUCUGGGGCCCGUGGAUCAGUACCUGGGAGUUCCAUACGCCGCUGCUCCUGUUGGGGAGAAACGGUUUCAACCACCAGAACCUCCGCCUUCCUGGUCUGGAAUACACAACGUUACCCACUUUGCCCCCGUCUGCCCACAGAACAUCCAUGGCGUAGUUCCGGAAAUCAUGUUACCUAUCUGGUUCACGGCAAAUUUGGAUAUAGUUGCAGCUUACAUCCAGGAUCAAAAUGAAGACUGCUUGUAUCUAAACAUCUUUGUCCCCACAGAGGAUGUAAAAAGAAUAUCGAAGGAAUGCACAAGAAAACCCAACAAGAAAAUAUGUAGAAAAGGAGGAACCAACGCAAAGAAACAGGGCGAUGAUCUUGCUGAUAAUGAUGGCGAUGAAGAUGAAGAUAUUCGUGACAGCGGGCCCAAGCCAGUUAUGGUGUACAUUCAUGGAGGGUCAUACAUGGAGGGAACAGGAAAUAUAAUCGAUGGCAGCAUACUGGCAAGCUAUGGCAAUGUCAUUGUUAUCACCCUCAACUACCGUGUUGGUGUCCUGGGUUUUCUAAGCACAGGCGAUCAAGCUGCUAAAGGCAAUUAUGGACUUCUGGAUCAGAUCCAGGCCCUGCGCUGGAUUAGUGAGAACGUAGCCUUCUUUGGAGGAGAUCCCUUACGUAUUACUGUCUUUGGCUCUGGAAUCGGAGGGUCAUGCGUCAGUCUUCUCACCCUGUCUCAUCAUUCAGAAGGUCUUUUCCAAAGAGCAAUUAUUCAGAGCGGGUCAGCCUUGUCGAGCUGGGCGGUGAAUUAUCAGCCUGCAAAAUACACCAGAUUGCUGGCGGAGAAAGUGGGCUGCAACAUGUUGGAUACCCUCGACAUGGUGGACUGCCUGAGACAGAAGUCGUACAAGGAGCUAGUAGAGCAGGAUAUCAAGCCAGCGCAGUACCAUGUUGCAUUCGGCCCAGUCAUUGAUGGAGAUGUAAUACCGGACGAUCCUGAGAUUCUGAUGGAGCAGGGAGAGUUCCUAAAUUAUGACAUCAUGUUGGGAGUCAACCAGGGAGAAGGUUUCAAGUUUGUGGAAUGGAUAGUGGAUCAGGAGGACGGCAUAUCUGGAAGUGACUUUGAUUUCACUGUUUCCAAGUUUGUGGAUAACCUUUAUGGCUACCCUGAGGGCAAGGAUACACUCCGGGAAACGAUCAAGUUCAUGUACACUGACUGGGCAGACCGGGACAAUCCUGAGACACGACGGAAAACCUUAGUGGCUCUGUUUACUGACCACCAGUGGGUCGAACCUGCAGUGGUAACAGCCGAUCUACACGCUCGUUAUGGUUCUCCUACAUAUUUUUAUGCUUUCUACCACCACUGUCAGAGCGACAUGAAGCCGGCCUGGUCAGAUGCUUCUCAUGGCGAUGAGGUGCCCUACGUCUUUGGCAUCCCCAUGAUUGGACCGACUGAUCUGUUCCCUUGCAACUUUUCAAAAAAUGACGUGAUGCUUAGUGCUGUCGUCAUGACGUAUUGGACAAACUUUGCCAAAACAGGUGAUCCCAACAAGCCAGUGCCACAGGACACUAAGUUCAUCCACACAAAGGCAAACCGCUUUGAAGAAGUGGCCUGGUCCAAGUACAACCCACAGGAUCAGCUUUACCUCCACAUUGGUCUGAAGCCGCGCGUGCGGGAACACUACCGAGCUACCAAGGUGGCAUUUUGGAAGCAUUUGGUCCCUCACCUCUACAACCUGCACGAUAUGUUCCAGUACACCUCCACCACCACCAAGGUGCCUCAGCCCAACACCACUCCCAUCUCCUAUGCCACGAGACAUCCCAACAGUAAGGCUUGGCCCUUCACCACCAAGCGGCCAGGUUCCGGCUUGAGUCCAGCUUUCAACUCUAAUGAGCAGCAGAAGGAGAACUGGGAUUCGGAGCAAGAUGGUGGCUCUCUGUUGAUUGAGAAUCCCCGGGACUACUCUACUGAAUUAAGCGUCACCAUUGCCGUGGGAGCCUCACUGCUUUUCCUCAACGUUCUAGCCUUUGCUGCUCUGUACUACCGCAAGGACAAACGCCGCAAUGACCCCCACCAGCAACCGAGCCCGCAGCACAACACCAGCAAUGACAUGGCGCAUUCACAGGAGGAAGAGAUCAUGUCGCUGCAAGUCAACCAAACCCACCACGAGUGUGAGAAUAUCCAGGCUCCCGAGUCCGGGCGUCUUCCUUCACUGCCCGACUACACCCUGACUCUCCGCCGCUCUCCUGAUGAUAUCCCCCUCAUGACCCCCAAUACUAUCACCAUGAUCCCCAAUUCCUUGGUGGGUAUGCAGUCUUUGCAUCCGUACAACACCUUUGCUGCUGGUUUUAACAGCACAGGGCUGCCUCAUUCACAUUCCACCACUCGGGUAUAGUCCUGGGCAAUAACCUUCCAGGAGGCGGGAGUGAAUGAGCCGCCGAGUUGGAGAACCCUUCCACAAAGACUACUCCAGCCUGUUGGAUUUUAACAACCAUCUGAUGAAUACGGGCACUGCACCAUCCUUAACAAGAAGGCUCUCUCCCUGGGAACUUCAAAAGACAUACAUUCACGCCGGGCCUUCUUGUUUGAACAGACAACUUGACAUUUUAUAUUAAAAAAACAAUCAAAUUAA